UCUACUUGUUCCUGGGGCAGCUGCUAGCAACAGCAGCUCUUCUCACAGUAGUCGACGCUAGCCCUCCGAGCUAGCUGACCGCUAACGUGCAGUAUCAACAGUCGUCAAGGCAACGAUGAACAUCCUCCCUAAGAAGAGCUGGCACGUUCGCAACAAAGACAAUGUCGCUCGCGUGCGGAGGGACGAGGCUCAGGCAGCGGAGGAGGAGCGCGAGGCCAAGCGGCGCGUCGAGCGUGCCGAGCAAGAGGCACGUACAGAGUAUCUAAGAAGGAAAUCCCGAGCUGCUCUCCAGGCAGCAGGAGAAAGAAAAGAUGAUGAUGAUGAUGAUGAACAACGGAGUGGAGGAACUCUGGAGCAUCUCAAUCUUUUUCCUCUGGAGGAGUCCUCAGAGAAGAAGGGGAACGAAGAGUAUCUCAAAGAAAAGAAAGAUGAAAAGGAGAAGCAGGAGCGUGCUAUUGGCUUGCUGGUGUCUCUUGGACCCCAACCAGGGACGGAGGUCACUCCGUGGUACCUGAAAAGUGGUCAAGAAAAAGAAGAAAGGAAAGAAAAAGAAAAGAGAAAGGGAAUAAGUGAAGAGGAGAGAGAGAAGAAGGAUCGUAGAUUGAAGGAUAGUUUGGACCCAUUGAAAGAUAUGAAGAAAGCUCUUGCAAUAAAAGACAGAAAGGAACACAAGAGCAAGAAAAGGGAAAAAAGAGACAAAGGGGAAAAGAGGAGCAGUGGAGAGAGCUCCAUAGAGAGAUUACGUGCUGAGCGUUUACAGAGGGAGGCUGAAGAAAGGAGGCGAGCCCAGGCCCUGCUCGAUCAGAGGAGCGGCAAAGCAAAGGAGCCCGGGAGGGAGGUGAAUGAGAGGGAAAGGCCUUACAACAGCGCCUUCUUCCCAGAACUUGCCCGAAAGCGACAAAGGCGGGAUAGAGAUAGCUGGAGAGAUGAAAUAUUAAAAUCAUGAACUGUCUUCAUCAGUUGUUUGAAGACUGUGAUGGAUGGUAAGAGGACAAAUGCUGUGACCAGCAGUUUGUUUACAAAUGUAAAGGCCCAGAGGAAAGAGGGUGGCAUGGAAAGGGGGCUAAAGAACCACAUUAUGAACAUACUUGUAACCUGGUCCAGCUAUUGCCAAAAAGUUGAUGAUGAGGCAAAUUGUAGGUCUCUUAUCCUCCAUUUUGAUUUCUUUUGGUGCACCCAGAAAAGGAAAUUCCUGCGGCAGCGAGGUCAGAGGUGAGGUUCAGCUGCAGCUACGUCUGCCCCUGCAGCGUUUUGCUCAUGAACACGGCAGCAGGACAGAUGGUUGCCAUCACAGGGGGCAUGAGCCCAGGCUGUCGGCAAAGAAAAACACUCAGUGAACAACUGGUCGUAUGGUUUAUAUUAUUGUUAUUAUAAGUAUUAAAAGGUUUUAAGGUGAGCAAACACCAGCACACACUGAAUGGUCUGUAGUCUCAGUCAAAUAAUCACAGUGGGAACAGUGGAGGUGAAACAAUUAGUUGAUGAAUCAGUUCGUACAAUGACAGAAAAUGAAUCUGCAAACCUCUCAAUUAUUAAUAGUUUCAUUAUUCAUUAGUCAUUAGUCAUUUUUUAAACAAAAAAUCCAACCUUUAUCAGGUUCCAGCUUCUCACAUUUGUGGAUUUACUGCUUCUGUAUAUCAAAUAUAACAGUAAACUGAAUCUUUCUGGGUUUGCACUGUUGGUUGAAUAAAACAAACAAUUAGGAGAUGUUACUUUGGGCUCUAGAAAAUUAUGAUGGGCACUUUCACCUUUUUUCUGACAUUUUAUAGAAGAAAUAAUUAGAAAAGAAUCUGCAGACUAUUCAGUAUGUGUUAUUUGCAGCUGUAUGUGAAAUCAUACAGUACACAUCUGGUGUAAAGGUUGAUGGUAAGGAUAAAAUAGUUCAGAUUUAUUUUUUAUUUUUACUUUUUAUUUCUGUUAUUGUUUUUUGAAGUCCCACAUGUUCCUCAUGUGAAGCCUAUAAUAAUGAAUAAAUCCAGGGUGACAUCAGUUGGACUAUUUUUCUAUUUUUUUUUUUUGUCAUUAAGACGUAAAGGCCUUUUUAAUAGAAGACAUUUUGACAUUAAACAAACAAAAGCACAGGUGUAAAUAAUAAAAUUAGCGAUGGCGAUGAUUCCAUUUAGCUGCUUCAAUUCCAGGGUCCUAUUUUUGUUCUUUCUGGUUCACUGGACACUUGAAUGGAGCAGAGCCAUUGUUCAUGUUAUUUGUAACACCUAUGCUUUUCCUUCUAGUCAAAAUGUCUGCUGUGAAAAAGGCCUAAUGAGUCAUAUACUAGAAUCAAUGACUCUCACAAAAGAUUGACAUUUACUUACUUUUUCAUUGCUAAAAAUGUAGAAUGAGAAAAUACCCUCAGCCUCCAAAUUAAGUGAUUUGAUGUUUGGUUGUUGUUGGAACUGUUUAUUUAGGUGUAUAGUAUGUGGUGCUGUUUAAUUGUAUUUGUUUACACUAUUGUCUCUAUUGUUUUGUCGGCCUCUUUUAAAUCACUGAGCCAAACUAGUCUCCAACAUGGUAAUGAACUUGAAUAAGCACUUAACACUGUAAACAAAAACUGAACCCUGUAACCAUCAUGAAGGAGGAUUCAUUACAAGACUGUUGUAUUAGACUGCAUUAGUUUUAGCUAGGUGUAAGAAAUAAACUGCCAACAGAGUUUAAAUUA